AUGAUGCCGACAUCGACAUGGGAUCCGACGACAAUGACAGAUGCCAGAAUUUUUCAACAACUACUAGAUCAAGAAGCAAAAGAAUUACAAGAAAAACUGACCAAUCUAAUGGUUGAAUCUAUUGCUGAAGCAGAAAAUAAAAUUCUUGAAUGUCGAGAAUUACUCCAUAAAGAAAUUUAUCGACUUUCUAUCUAUGAUAAAGAUAUCCAGGAAGGGUUUUCAGAAAAAUUAAUGGAUCUUAUCUAUCGACGUGUCAAUAUUAUGAAUCAAAAAUUUGAUUGUAUAUCCAAUUUUAAAAUCAAUUAUUAUUUACGACAUCAUUACGAUGAUGAUGAUGAUGAUGAUUUACAACAAGAUACAUUAAGUAUACCAAGUGUUUCUUUUUCACCGACCAUGAUUAUGGGUACUCCAUUACAUCUAUUAACGGAAGAACAAUUAAAAUUAUUAAAUCGUGGACCUACCUAUGUUCCACUAUGUCACGCGUAUGUAUCAUCAUCAUCAUGUGUAUCCAUGAAGGAGAUAAUUCAAAAACAGUACAAAGUAUUACAACAUCAUUUAAGUAGUCUUUUUCAGAAAUGUCAGAUGAAUCCGGCUCGAUUAAUGUUUAUUAAUAAUGAGAUUAAAAAUCUCUAUACCAAUAUCUUUUCAAUUUCAUUACCCAACUCUCUUCGUCAACGUGCUCUCUAUGAAAAACAUUUGGUACAAUCCAUUCGAGAACAUUUCAAAACACAUGAUCUUUUGUUACGACGAACAGCUGAUCGACGAAAUGUUUUUUAUCUUGCCCAUCGACCAGAAUUCGAAGAGAAAACAAACGAAUAUAUGAAAACAACGGAUACGUUCGAACUUUGUAAAAAUAUCAAUGAAGAAAAUCUACAAGAGACACGUGACUAUUUAACAAAAAUGAUAAAAUCAUUGAAUGAAGCAUUUCAAGAGAUGUUCCAUGGUAAAACAAAUAAAAAUGUAUUCGACAAACUAUAUAUAACAAUUGAUAAAGUUGAACUACCUUAUUUGUACUUUCUACCGGAUAUUUCUCAAAAAGAUGAUCUAUUCGUACAACCGGUCGUUGUUACACAACAUAGUGCAACAGCUCGAUUAGCACACUUUUUAGAUCAACUAUUACGACCUGUUGUAGAAAGACAACUUGCAUCAACAACAUUUGUGAAUGGAGCUGAUUUUAUUCGAAAAUUAAAUGAUUAUAUCGAACAACCCCAGCAUCGUCUUCGUCCAACAACACAGUUUGUCACCAUCAAAAUUUCCAAUUUUUACACUAUGGUUGCACAUGGAACGAUGCUUAUUGCACUUCAAGAUUUUUUAACAAAUUAUCUAAUCAUGCCAACUAUCAAUAAUAUAUCUAUGGGUAGAAUAAUCCGUUUAACUGCUUUAUUUCUACAUAAUAAUCGAUUUUAUUAUGAUCAUAAAAUCUAUCGUUUUGCCAAAGGUAGUCCAAUGAGUUUUCCAUUGACAGAAACCUUAUGUAAUUGUUAUAUAUUACAAUGGCAAAAAUUACUAGUACAACAACCGUUAAUACGAGAUCAAUUUUAUGGCAGAUGUAAAAAUCAUUUUAUUUUUACAUGGAACGGUACCAUCAACGAAUUUCAAACUAUGAUUAAAAUGAUUGCUAAUCAAAAUUCAGAUAUUCAUCUUGACGUAAAAAUGGGUUCCAGUGUUCGAUUCUUACAUGCUCAUAUUGAAAAUCAAAAUGGUACUUUAUAUAGUCGUGUAUAUCAUGAAUCAACCAUACAACCAUACACUUUACCUUAUGUCAUUGGCCAUGCCAAAGUAGUACAUAGUCAUUGGUUUCGUUCAGCUUUAAUUCGUGCUGUUCGUUAUUGUACAUCAGUACAUGAUUUUAAUCAAGAACGCAUCUAUCUCGAAAUGACUUGUUUAGCCAAUGGUUAUACGUUAGAAUUUAUUGAAAAACAAAUUGAUCAUUUUUUUAAACAUUUCGAUGCUGAAUCUCUUCGUUCAUCUUUGGAUCAACAUGUUUACAAUAAACUUCGUCGUCGAUUAUUUAAUUUUAUCAGUGAACAACGAAACAUUUUGGAGACAAAUCGAGAAGCAGAAAAAAAACAUGAACGUAUUCGAUUAUCUUAUUUAUAUGAAUAUGGUCCAAAACGUCAGUUUCAUGAACAAUUACAUAAAAUUUUAUCUACACAUUUGAAUACAUCUACGGCAUCGUCAAAGCAGCAUAACAAACUAAAACUUAUUCUUACGACGAAACAACCACAUUCAUUAAAUGCUUUAUUAAGUCAACAAAAACCAAAACAUGAGUUAUUGAAUAAAAACAAAUUACUUCUCUGA